AUGGAAUCCCAGGGAAUCAUAGAAAAAGUUACCACUGCCCCUAGCUGGAUUAGCGGCAUGUCGGCUGUGGCAAAGGGGAGUAACGAUUUUCGUCUCGUGGUAAACAUGCGCGCCCCCAAUCGAGCGAUUAACCGCGAAUACUUCAGAUUGCCCUUACUCGAUGAAAUGAAGGUCAAGCUUCACGGUGCGAAAUAUUUCACGAAGCUUGACCUGCAAAACGCAUUUUAUCACUUAGAGCUGUGCGAGAAAUCCCGGGAUCUGACCACUUUUUUGACGGAAGACGGAAUGUACAGGUUCACUAGACUCAUGUUUGGUGUAAACUGUGCACCAGAAGUUUUCCAACGAGAGAUGACAAGAAUCUUAAAAGACGUUAGCGAUAAUGUUAUCGUUUAUAUAGACGAUUUCCUGAUUUUUGCAGACACAUUACAAGGGCUACGAACAAAUGUCGCGAAGGUCUUACAAAUUUUGAGAACAAACAACUUGACACUGAACACAGCAAAGUGUGAGUUCGACAAAACCAAAGUGCAGUUCAUCGGCCACGAGCUAGAUGAACAUGGUUUUCACAUUGAUAAUGCGAAGAUCAAGAGCGUCCGAGCCUUCAGAGAACCUUCAACAUUAUCAGAGCUUCGUAGCUUUCUUGGGCUGGCGUCUUAUCUUAGCCCAUACCUGAAAAAUUUUGCCGACAUCUCUGGCCCAUUAUGGGCUGCUACAACAUCCAAGUCAUGGUUCUGGGGUCCCGAGCAGAAAAAGGCAUUCGAAUUGAUUAAACAGCAUAUCAUCAAGUGCACGAUCUCGCUAGGAUAUUUUUCUGAACUCGAUAAAACUGUGCUCUACACGGAUGCUUCACCUAUAGCUCUAGGAGCCGUGCUUGUGCAGGAAGCAGCAAAUCAAGCACCGCGCAUAAUCAGCUUUGCUUCCAAAUCGUUGACCCCCACAGAGCGAAAAUACGCACAGAACCAGCGGGAAGCCCUAGGAGCGGUGUGGGCGGUGGAACAUUUUUCCUACUUCCUGCUCGGUAGACAUUUCACCCUCCGCACCGAUGCACAGGGGCUAGCAUUUAUUCUUAAUCGUUCAAGAGAAGAUUCGAAGAGGGCAUUAACUCGUGCCGAUGGGUGGGCGCUAAGGUUGAGCCCAUACCGGUACGACAUCGAGUACGUUCGUGGCAUGGAGAACAUUGCCGACCCACCUUCAAGGCUCUAUAGUGGGGAAGAUGCCCCGUUCGACGAAGAAGAAAGUCCAUGGGAAAUCGCAGCCCUCGAAGCGAAUUCCAUUGAAUUCCUUACAGAGACUGAGAUUAAAAACGCUACAGAUCAAGACGACAUGCUACAGCGAGUGAUAAAGGCAUUGGAGACUGGUAUCUGGACCAAAGAUUUACAAAGGUACAACACGGUUGAAAAGGACCUAACUGUUAAGGAUGGGAUUGUCAUCAAAACUGGAUGUGCGGUCAUCCCAAAAACACUUCAAGCACAUGCUUUACAAGUAGCACAUGAGGGCCAUCCUUCAACGGCCAAAAUGAAGAGUAUCAUGCGACAGCGUGUGUGGUGGCCUGGUAUGCCGAAAGAUGUGACAAGCUGGGUAGAGACAUGUAGAACAUGUUGUGUAAAUGGGAAACCGGAGAGGACAACACCGAUGGAAAGAGUGCUUAUUCCGAAGGCUGCUUGGGACACCGUGGCUUUAGACUUUAACGGACCCUAUGUAAAGUUUGGAGGAGUCCUCAUCCUAGUAAUAGUGGACUACAAGUCCCGUUACCUUAUUGCCAGACCUGUGAAAUCGACGAAAUUUGAGUGCACAAAACGAGUCCUUGAUGAUAUUUUCCAAAAAGAAGGUUUUCCGAAAACCAUCAAAACAGACAACGGUCCCCCGUUCAACGGUCAGGAGUUUGCCGAAUAUUGUAAACGGCGAGGUAUCACCAUGAUUUUUUCAACGCCUCUAUUUCCGCAACAGAAUGGAUUAGCGGAAAGUUAUAUGAAAUUAAUAAACAAAACUAUGGCGGUGGCCAUCGCAAACAACACAAACUACAUCGAAGAACUUAGAAAGGCAACAAACGCCCAUAACGCAGCCGCCCAUAGUAUCACCAAAGUUCCACCGGAGGAAAUAAUGUACGGGCGUAAAAUCAAACGAGGUUUGCCAUUACUCCAGCACGGCGUAUCUAACUACGAUGAAGCACUUCUGCAACACAGAGAUCGCGAAGCCAAGCUGGCGGGAAAACAACGCGAGGAUAUCCGUCGUGGAGCGCGCCCUUGCAGAGUUAAACCGGGAGACGAAGUUCUCAUCGAGCGCCAUAAUCGCUUGAAAGGCGAUUCCCGUUUUUCGCCGACCAGGUACGUGGUAACAGAAGAACGGAAUGGUAGUCUCGUUCUCACGGACCAAGAGGGAAAAACAUACAAACGCCACGUAUCUCAGACGAGAAAAGUUAAACCAUGGCGCGACUCACGAAACGACAUAAAAACACCUGGCUUGGAGUCACAAGAGCCGCUUUCGAACACACCAGAGCAAGCGCCAGAGCGACCAUCGCGUCAAAAGCGGACACCGGCAUUCUUAAAUGAUUACAUCAGAACUGUUAACAAUUAG